AUGGGUGUGCCACCGCAAAACUCUAAGAGUGCACCAGAACCAAUUCCCGAGGGUAUGGCCUCAUGCAAUGCCCAAUACGUUAACGCCAGUCCCACAUUAACGGGAGCAUAUGCCACAAAAUUCAGGGAGAAACUCGAAAAAAUCCCACAUGGAAAAAAAAGAGAUUCCUCAGCAUGUCGUUCAUAUGAUCAUCGGGGGGACCGACAUUCCCCAAGGACCGAAGGCCACAUAACAGAAGGGCCGAUCCAGGACCGCGUGAUCGAAGACACACUUGCAUUUAGCGAGGAAGAUUUCGAGACAUUGACACAACCACAUAACGCUGCGCUGAUCAUACUCACCUCUCGAGUCCUCAACGACUUCAACAUGGCCGGCGAAGUAAUGAAAGUGGAGAUCACCCUCCCAGUCGUCAUGUCCGGUACAGUUCAGAAUACCAAAUUCUACAUCAUCAGUAGUGACGUGAGGUACAACGCAUUGCUUGGCAGACCAUGGAUACACAACAUGAGGGAAGUACCGUCAACUCUACAUCAGAUGAUGAAGUUUCCAACAAAGGAGGGUAUAAAAACAGUAUAUGGAGAACAUCAUGCAGCAAAAGAAAUGUUCGCGGUCCACUGGGAGGCGUCAAAUCCUAUACACUCUACCUCGGAAGUGUCGAGAAGCGUACAGACUCUCGAGGGUGAUGAAGAAGAUUUCCUUACUCCCCGAACCUUCGUUGCCCCCAAAGAGUCGGAUGCAACGAUGUCGACAAUUGAAGAGUUGGAGUAA